AAAUUAUAUACAACAAUGUUUUACUUUAUAGGUUAUAACUCUGUAAAGGCGCAUCUCAAAAAAACUGAUCUCAAACUCAAAAAAAAAAUUAAAAAAUUUUAUGCAUUAAUUUUAAGGAUUAAUUUAAUAUUUUUAAUGUUUCUUAACAAGCAGUAUAUUAUUAGAAAUAGUUUAAUAUUUUCCCGUUUUAUAAGAUUACAAUACGAUAAAUUUUUAAAUAAAAACAUGUCAGUCCAAGUUGACAAUAUUAAACAAGAUGAGAAUAUUGCUGAACGAACUAAUAAAAGACAAAUGAUCGAUGAAAGUUAUGAAACGAUAACAAAAGCGCCAAAGGUAGAAUCAACUGAAGAUGUAGUACAAAGAAAAAACAAUGUUAAAAGGAAAAACUUUGUGAUAAUGUUAGGUUACCUUGGCAAAAAUUAUUCUGGUAUGCAAAUUAAUCGUGGUACAAAAACUAUUGAAGAAAGUUUAUUAUCUGCUUUGUUGAAAGCACGUUUUAUUACGGAAGAACAAUUUGAAGAUGUAAGAGAAAUUAAAUUUCAAAGAGCUGCACGUACAGAUAAAGGUGUAUCAGCAGUUAGGCAAGUUGUUUCUUUACAAUUGCCUAAUCAUGUAAACAAAGAAGAUAUAAAUGAGUACCUUCCAAAGGAUAUCAGAGUAUUUGAUGUAAAGAGGGUAACAAAAACUUUUAAUAGUAAAAAUAAAUGCGAUGCUAGAACAUACAGAUAUGUUCUUCCUACAUUUGCUUUGGCUCCAGAAGAUCCAAAUUUUUUACAAGUUGAUAAUGAGGAAGAAAUAGAUGAAGAACAACGACUUAAACAAUUAUCUAUGAUAGAUGAAAAGCCAUAUCAUGAAUUCCGAUUGACUCCAGAAAUGCUUGACAAGCUAAAUGAAAUUUUGAAAUCAUUCGAAGGCACACAUAAUUUUCAUAAUUUUACAUCAAAAACAAAGCCAUCAGAUCCAAGAGCCAAGCGUUAUAUAAUAUACUUCCGUUGUAUUGAAACAUUUAUUGCAAAUAAUAUGGAAUUUGCAGUACUGGAAAUAAAAGGACAAAGUUUUAUGUUACAUCAAAUUAGAAAAAUGGUAUCUUUAAUUAUAGGAAUUUGCAGAAAUAUUGUGACAAGUGAUAUUGUCAAAGAUGUAUUUUCAUUAGAAAAAGUCGACAUCCCUGUUGCACCAGGUUUAGGACUAAGUUUACAUUUUGUACAUUAUGAAUAUUAUAAUGAAAGAUAUGGAAAAGAUGGAUUUCACAAAACAUUAGAAUGGCAAGAAUGUAAGGAAGAUGUUGACAAAUUUUAUAAAGAAUGCAUUUUACAGGAUAUAAUAAAUGAGGAAAUAUCAGAAAAAGUAAUGAUGAAUUGGUUGGCGUCUAUCCUAACACCAAAGAGAUUUGCAUUUAAAGAAUGUGUAGUACAGUGUGAAUAUUUAUCAUAAGAUCAUUGUAUUUUUUAUCAAAAGUAUAUUACAUAUAUUUGUCAAUAUAACUAUUUUUAACUAUUUUAGACUGUAAUAUUAUUACGAAUGUAUAAAAUAAUCUAAAAGAUUUUAUUUAAUUAUAGAAUAU